AUGGCAACCGCCACCACUACAAGUGCUCUCAUCGUGCUGAAGGGCGAAAAGCCCCCAUCCACUCCUCUUGAGGUGAUCAACUUUGUUGGCCUGCUCCAAAAAGACGCCCUUGAACUGUCCAAGCUUCUCCGAUCAUGUCAGGAUCCAGGAUCUUUCUACCUGGAUCUGUCGGGCCAGACAAAGUAUUUCAACGGCAAAUCAUACCUUGACGCGAUUCGCAAACUUUACCGCCAGCGUAGAGCGUAUCUCUCUCAAUCCGCCGACGUGCGUGACCAGGAGAAAUGCCCGGCAACGAGCGACACCGAGUCCAGCUCGGGCUCGUUCGUCUCCACCGAGUCAUCCUGCAUCUCCGACAGUUCCUUCCAAGAAGACGAUCUGGUCUCGACGCUGGACGAUGAGAGUCUCGACUUUGUCAAAGAGUACACCCACGCCAUUACCCACCGUCUCAUCCGUACCCUCUCCCCAUUCAUCGGCAACGAGCAAGUCCGUCAACAUAUCAGCUCGCUUCACGCAGAUCACGAUCUGUCGAGCUCUGAAAUGACCGUGGACGAGCUCGUCUGCUCCUCGGAAGAACAGCGCGACGAGUCCCCCGUGGGCGGAUUCGUCGACGGCAGUUCCAUGACGCUACGAUACUGCGAGGAAGAAGUGUUGGAAUACUGGGACUCGGAGACCGACGGAUGGGCGGGCAUUGCGCCCCGUGAGGACUGUCUGGUUGUGAAUACAGGCGAUGCCUUGCGUGCUGCUAGCAGAAAUCAGUUUCAGAGUCCGCUUUAUCGCGUCAGACAUGCCGAAGGGGGAGACUUCGUGGGUCGAAGAUGGCGAGUCGGCGGGUUUGUGUCACACACCAUUUGUGGCCGAUGGAGUGAGGAGGGUCGUGCUGUGCGAAGGAUGGAAUGA